GUGGAGCAGCACUGAGGGCUGAUGGGAAUUCAGUCUUUGGUGCUGGUGAAGGUGUUGUGUGGAUGAACAGAGUCGAGUGCAGAGGGAAUGAGAUUCACCUGUGGGACUGUCCUCUCUCCCUGAAAAACCACACUGACUGCUCCCACAAAGAGCACGCUGGACUCACCUGUGCAGAUUUGCCAGAUUUGUCAGUGUCCACUACUCCUGCCACAACAUCAGCUUCUCCUCCAGCAGUGUCUUUCUCCGUCCCCCCAGUUCUUGUGAUUGUUCUGGGAGUUGUGCUCUUACUGCUCUUAGUGCCACUGCUUAUACUGAUUCAGCAGAACAGAGUGAUGAGGAGAGCUCUCUCUAAGAGGAGACACAGGACGACGACUGAGGCCGUUUAUGAGGAGAUUCAGCACAGACUCACUAUCAGACACAGUCUCUUCACUCAGAGGGGUGAGUAA